AUGGCUAAAGAACGCGGUUAUAAUCCCGUGCAAGCUCAGCGCAAGGCUGACAAGGCCAAGGCGAUCAAAAAAGGCAAGUCGGAGCAGCAGACGCGGAGGAACGAAAAGCUAGCCCAGCGCAAUCCCGCCAGAAUACAACAGCAAAUCGACGACCUCAAGGCUUUGAAGGAGGGAGGAGGCAAGAUCACUGCGCACGAAGAGCAAGCACUCGAAGCUCUCGAAAAGGACCUGAAGGCAGUCAAAAAAGCGAGAGAGGCGCUAGGGGAUAAAGCACCACAGUUUGGGCGUGGCCCGCCGAGGCAGGGGCAGAGGGGCGAUGGUGUGCUAGGGAAAAGGAGACGCGACUUUGAAGACGCGUCCAGCAGUGACAGCGAUGUGCCUGACGACGUCAGGAGAAUACCGAUGCCGCGGGAUACGCCGCCGCCGAUUCCCAGAGAGAUAUUGGACGAAUGGUACGCGAAGCGCCGAGCAAAAAGGAAUGCGGAACGAGCCUCGGAGGUCGAACAACGAAAGGAACCGGAGAAGCCGGCCGCACCCGUCGUCGAGGUCAAAACAGUAUACGAAGCCAAACCCGUCGUCAGAGACCUGCGGAAGGAAGCCGUGAGCGCAUUCAUGCCGGCUGCUGUUCGGAUGAAAAUCGAAAAGGGCAAGGGGCAAGGCGGUCUCUUGGAACCGGAAGAAGCCGAUCAGCUAGAGAACGAAGGGUAUCUGCGCAGCCUUGAACCACCGCGAGCACAAACCGGGCAUUUGGAGCCCGACCAGGGCGCCGGUCCUCGCCAGGUGACUCUAGAGGAGGUCGCAGAUGAGGAAGCUUGA